AUGACUCGAACUCCAAAGAAGAAUGCCAACGGUUUGGAAGAUUUGGAGGAUUUCUUCUUAUCGGAUGAUGAAUAUAAAAGUCCCACUACUAAAAGACUUCAAAACACCAGAAAGAAUCCGGUAAAGGUAAAGGUGUUGAAGGUACCCUCAAAGACAUCAGAAAGAGUCACAGAAGAAGCCAAAAGAUUGCGAAAUAUUCCUACAGAGUAUGUUAGUUCGUCUGAUGACGAAGAGGCUAGUGCAGAAGAUGGAAGGGCAGAUGCAAUGAUCCAUGAGGCAGCCAUAUUUGGCUCUCCUAUUAAGCCAAAGCUUCGACUUCACAAGAUAAAUGGAAUCAACGCUUCAGGAGCCUUGUUACCUCCUCUACCUAAUAGGGAAUUGAUAAAGCAGAAUAGCUCUCCGCGAAUGAAGAAGUCCUCAAGAUUAACCAAAGAUAUAGCCUUACACAAAAAGACUAGGAACAAAAAGUUUGAUGUAUAUGCAGUGUCCACUGAUGAAGAGGAUGGAACUUCUGAAAGGAGUGAUAGUCAUGAUGAUGAACAUAGCAUUUUAUCAGAAAUAAGAAAGUCCAGGCGUGUGGAGCCGGUCUCUAAUAGUGAUGAAGUUGAACCUGUCAAGAAGUCAUCAGUUUCGCCUAAGAGAAGCCUGCAUCGUAGAGACCCGAAGAAUGGUAUAAUAAAGAAGCAAACAGGAUUCAAAUCCAAUAAGCUGAAAGUAAAGUCAAUCGAGAGACACUCACCUGAAAGGCCGCUGAGACACUCGACUAGAACGAAAGUCAAGCCAGUUGCUUGGUGGAGAAAUGAGCACAUUGUUUAUGAAACCAAGAAAGAGAAUGGUGCCUAUGUGAUGGAGGUGAAGGAUGUUGUUCAUCGUCCGGAUUUGUCGUCGAUCCCUCGGGUCAGCAAACAGAAAGCGUCUUCGAUCAGCCCUGUUAAAAAGAAGAAAGAAGUCGGAAAAAGAACUGAUAGGCUAUCGACUCCUAAGAGGCAUCGAAAGCAGGUUAAAAAGGUUGUUGAUCUCGGGCAUUAUAUGGCGCCUGAAAGGCAACCAGAGGCAGUCGUGAAGGCAUUGAAGAGAGGCACUGGGGAGCCCGAUGAGCCUGAGGAACAUCGAGAACUUAAGGUCCAGGAUGAUCGUCAUGAGGUUGAGUCUGCAAAGGAUCACGCUUCCUCUGGAAAAUUGCUUCCUUUCGAAGAACCAAUGGAUAAUAUCAAUGGUUCUGAAUGGAUGGAUAAUAAGGCCUUAACUGUUCCCGUGUUUGAAGGUCCUGGUUCUGAAAACCAGAUCGAAAGAACUGUGGCGUGGGCACCAGGGCAGUCGAAAAACACUACAAUUAUCAGAAAUAGGGAGGAGUAUUUCAGAAUUCGUACUCUAUUCGACCAGGAUUCCGAAUUCAGUGGAGGUGGUAUCAUUGAGCUGCCCGUUAAUUCGAGGAAGGCAGUGAAAUCGAACGACGACACAUAUUUUAUCUUCUACGUGAUCGAUGGAGUGCUGGAAGUUUCGCUUUCUCACAAUGUAUUUGUGGUGACUGGAGGUUGUUCCUUUGAGAUUCCGAUGGGUAACUUCUACCAGUUUGAAAAUAAAGGUCAGAGUCCAGUCAAAUUGUUCUUUGUGCAAUCCAAAUAUGUGGUCAUUAGUAAUCUAAACGAUGAUGAGAUGGAUAAUUAUAUGGACGACAACUAA